AUGAUCACUAUGGCCCCUCCCGCCACAACGCAUCAACCCGAUCACAAGUUGGCCGAAGCCAUACCACCUCAACUGCAGCCACACCAAUCACACAAUACGAACCAAAGUCACUCAUCAGGUUCCACGUCUCGUUCCCUUGCUACGCCAUUGAGGUCUCUUACAAUCUCUAAACCAAAAGCAAAAAUAGAAAGUGGGGGAUCCAACAAGUUUAGACCUACCAUUAUCGUGGUUACCAAGUUUCCAUUCACAGCCGAAUCUUCAAAUGAAUUGAGUGUCAAUAAGGGAGAAAUAUUGAAGUUGCUAGACGAGCCUCGCGACGGUUGGCUAUUGGUGAAAUGUAUUGAGCGAUUGUGUCCUCCAGGUCUAAUUCCAGCCACAUAUGUUGAUAUCGCACUUAAUGACCAAGUGAAUCCAAUCACCUUGAGUUGGCUCCAUGGAAUUGAUAAGGUUGACAUUGUGAAAGAACACAAUUAUCUAAAUUUACAAUUCAACAAGGUUGAGGCCAUUUUCCAAACAAUCAAUAACAAAGCAUAUCCAGUUUCUGCAUCAAUUCUGAACUUUCUUUUGUUCAAAGAGAGGUAUUGGUAUAGAUUGGACAUUCAAUACAGUGACAAGUCCAGGGCACAUUUGUGUCGCUAUUAUCAAGAUUUUUACAACUUGCAUAUAACGAUGUUGGAUUUAGUCAACAGGAUUAGUAGCCAAGACUUGAAGUUGCCAAAGUUGCCUGAACCGUUACCAACAACCACCACCUUAAAUCACUACAAAGAUGAUAAAAUAACUGUCGGCGAUGCAAAUACCAAAUCUGAGGCAGAUUUAGAAAAGGAGACUACUGAGGUUAACAUGUUGUUGAAAAGAUGUAAUGACUUGAACGUCUACAUCAAUAAGCUCAUCUUGAACAAAUAUUUCCAGACAUCGAAUGAAUUGAUCACAUGGUUAGAGUUGCGGUACAAGAAUUUGCCAGGCUUUGUGGUGGAGCCAACUGAUGAGGAAUAUGAAACGGAGUUGGUAAACGAAGAAAUCAGCAACAGGAUCCUUCCAAAUUCAAUUGAUGUUGUUAAAGUUUACGAGGAAAAGAAAAUGCUGAGGGAGCAAGAAUUGGAAGCUAUGAGAAACAAAGAAGAGGAAAAGGAAGAAGAGGCUGUGGAAGUUGAUGACUCUGAACUUCCUGCACGAACCAAGUCAAAAAAUAUUUACAACAACUAUCAACAAGCGUCGCAUAUAAUGUCAAUGGCACAAGUUUCCCGACAAGGGUCGGUAUCCUUAAGUAGAGCCGACUCGAAAGCAAACCAGCGUAAUGGAAGCAAAACUUCCAACAGUGUGGUAAAUCUGCCAAAUUUGCUCCGUAAGCAAUCAGAUCUUGCAGACACAUCGACCAACAGUGUAGCUGCUUCCUUCUCCUUGAUUGAGGAAGGCCACCAACAAGGCGGGCAUUCACCAGAUACAUCACGUGGCUCCCACACUGUCAAAAUAGCACGCAACAAAUCGUUGAAACCCAAAUCUACAACAAAUGCAUCAGUACCACCUUUGUCUAAUGGACACGCUUCAUCACCACAGAAUGUGAAACAGCCAAAUGGAACAUCCUUGUCACUGCAUUCACCACAGUUGCAGCAGAGGCCACCAACAAUGUCAAGCCCUGUUAUCCAUCCUCAGAGCCAACAAUAUAGCCCCAAGCUCGGCGCUCUUCCAAAGGUCAAAACGCAAUCACCACACCAACCCAUUCACCCUAAUAAUGACAAACCAUACCAAUUGCCACAAUCCAUGCCUACCAAAAUGUCACCCAUGGGUAUCAAUCCACAGGUUUUCCCAAUUAGUGGCUAUGUCAAUGCCACUCAGUCUAAUGUUGGUGGUAAUGCAAUUAACCCCCACACAUCUGCCAUUUCGAGUUAUUCUCAUAGUUCAGGAUCACCUUCACCAACUUCAGCCAAUACAAUCGCCAAUUUGAAACAUCAAUACAUCAAAUGCAAAAUAGUCAAUCCACACGAUGAAAUAAUUGCUUUCAAAUUGCCCAAGUCGCAAAUUAAAACAGUUGGUGAUUUUAAAAAUGCAAUUAAGAGUAAAGUGUUUUACAGUAAAUUGUACAUCAAAUUACCCAAUCUAAACAAUUUUGAGAAUAUUGAUGUUGUGAGGUUUAAUAUUACUGAGUUUUUAAAAUUCAAUGAUAGGGUAUUGUUGAGAAUUGCUUGA